AUGCCACUUCUCACUUCUUCCUCUUCCUCUAAUUUCUUCACAUUACCUUUCCGUAAGAAGAAGCAAAGAUAUACCAUUAAUCCACCUGAUGAGUCAGUCAACGUCAUUUAUCUUGGAAAUGUCUUGACAGUCAUGGCCAGAGGAGAGAAUUGCUUCGAAAAGCCGUUAUCCCUUAUAUGGAAAGCUUACUGUCAAAGAAAUCGUAAUGAUUUGCACAUGAAUUUAGAGAUAACAAGAUCUGGACUGAAAGCUGAAACAAAGCAACAGGGAUUAACGGAGUACUGGGCUCAUAGAAUAACGUUCUCUGUCGCUCCGCCACAAUAUCCAAAAGUUUUUUGUUGGAUAUAUAAACAUGACGGCAAAAGGUUGAAACCUGAAUUGCGAUGUCAUGCGGUUCUUUGCAAAAAAAGCAGCGAACCAGCUGUGAUUCAUAAGAAGUUACAAGACUUUCUCUUUGCUGCUUUACAGGAAUAUAAACGAGAAAAACUUGCUCUCCAAAAUGCUCGAUUAACUGGUUCAGCUGGCUGUCCGCGAAGAAAGCUUUUACUUCAAACUGGAAGUUUGAACUUCAGACCUCCAGUCAGCCGAAGUAAAAGCGCCCCAAGGCUAGGAAGUAUCGACGAAGAGCAAGAGGAAGAAGAACUCUCAGAUUCGGAAUCUGUUUGUUAUCGAGUGGCCCCGGACGUGGAAUCGCAGGCUUCAUUUUCAGUAUCGGAUUCUGCACCUUCUACAUCAUCUUGUGUUGAUCAUGGUCGAGACCAACAAUAUUCGCACAGCUUAUGUAAUUCGACAGCAUCUGGUCCAUCAAGCGUUUGUUCAGAAGAUGAACGGAGAAGAAGUCAGAAUGUAACAGAUGCUGACACAAUUUCAGAUGAGAGUGGUUACCAUGAGGACAAAUUAGGACGUGAUCCAUCUGAGGAUUUAUACUAUUCUGAUGGAGAGCUUGUGAUUCUAGAGGAUGAUUAUGACGAUGAUGAAGUACUUGUGACAGCACUCUAA